AUGGCGCCUUUAUUUAUUCUUACGGAGACGGCGGCUGGAUUGGUCUUAUUUAAGGCUGACAAAAAGCUUUUGAAGAAAGACGAUGUUGCUUCAGAAAUUGAGACCGCAGAGGGUAUCAAUGGAUUAUUGAAGCUCAAGCAGUUUCAAAAGUUCGACAGUGCCGCGACAGCUUUGGAAGAGGUUGCUUCGUUGGUCGAGGGAAAGGUUUCACCUAUGCUUGCAUCACUGCUCGAUACCUUGAAAGAUGAGAAGAAGGCAUCUUUGGCAGUCGCCGAUCCUAAAUUGGGCCAAGCUAUCAACAAACUUCCAGGUUUGACUUUGACACCAAUUUCCGACUCGAAAACGAAUGACAUUUUCCGUGGAAUUCGCGAUCACCUCCCCUCUUUGAUUCCAGGUCUCCUUCCCGAACACAUCUCCACCAUGUCACUCGGUCUGUCGCAUUCUUUGUCGCGCCACAAGCUGAAGUUCUCUCCCGAUAAGGUUGAUACUAUGAUUGUACAAGCUAUUUCGUUGUUGGACGAUCUGGACAAGGAGCUAAACACGUACGCCAUGAGAGUCAAGGAAUGGUACGGAUGGCAUUUCCCAGAAAUGGGCAAGAUUGUUAACGACAACUUGGCCUAUGCUAGAGUCAUUUUGAAGGUUGGUAUGCGCGUCAACACUUCCAGUACCGAUCUCGCAGAUAUUCUCCCAGAGGAAAUCGAAACUGCCAUCAAAGCUGCUGCUGAAGUUAGUAUGGGUACUGAAAUCACCCAAGAAGAUUUGGACAACAUCAAGCUCUUGGCUGAGCAAGUUGUUGGCUUUACCGAAUAUCGCCAACAAUUGUCCAGUUACUUGUCUGCUCGUAUGCAAGCAAUUGCCCCCAACUUGACUGAGUUGGUUGGUGAUUUGGUUGGAGCUCGAUUGAUCGCCCACGCUGGAUCUCUCAUGAACCUCGCAAAGAGUCCUGCCAGUACCAUCCAAAUUCUUGGUGCUGAGAAGGCUCUGUUCAGAGCCCUCAAGACCAAACAUGACACACCAAAGUACGGUCUUAUCUACCAUGCUUCAUUGGUUGGUCAAGCUACCGGCAAGAACAAGGGAAAGAUCGCCCGUAUGUUGGCUGCCAAAGCAGCCAUUGGUCUCCGCGUCGAUGCUUUAUCAGACUGGAGUGCACAAGGUGAAGGUAAGGGUGACAAUGUUGAUGAUGAAGAGAGAUCUGCAUUGGGUGUCACUUCACGUGCGAAGAUUGAGCGUCACCUUCGAGGACUUGAAGGAAAGCCCCUUCUUCCUCGAGGUGUUGCUGUUGGACCAAAUGGCAAGAGCACCUCAGCUCCUGGUAAAUGGGAAGUCAAAGAAGCCCGCAAAUACAACGCAGAUGCAGAUGGACUUGCUGGAGACGAACCAGCUGCCGCAGUUCCUAUUAGAGAGAAGAAGAGCAAGCAACUCAUCGAAGAAGUCGCUGAGGAAUCUGGUUCUGAUUCUUCCGAUGACAGUGAUGCUUCUGAGAAGAAACCCAAGAAGGGAGACAAGGAAACUAAGAAGGCCGAGAAGGCUGCGAAGAAAGCUGAAAAGGCCGCUAAGAAAGCCGCAAAGGAAGCUAAAAAGGCUGCAAAGGCUGAGAAGGAAGCAAAGAAGAGCGCCGUAAAUGGCACACCAGAAGCCAACGGCAGCAAGAAGAGGAAGUCAGAAGACGAUGGUGAAAAGUCUGAGAAAAAGAAGAAGAAGAAGAGCAAGGAUUGA